GAAUCACCUGUCUCACGGCAUGCAGGGCACUUCCGAAGAGCCCUUCACUUGUCCAACGAACACAGAACUAUACAUACCUUAACGGUAGAUGCAGAUAUGGCACCUCCAACCUUUUCUCUCUGCUUUGCAUUUUGGACACACCGGGACCCGUAUCCAAAGUCCGCAGAUCCUUAGCUCUUGAACAUGGCUCUAGUGCCCCAGCGUGGGGAAAGUCCUCCGACACCUCUGUACACUAGACGGCUCUCACCACACCUACAACGGCAAACCACAUCACUUCCUCCAUGUUCAGAUACUACUGUUGCCCGUGCUCGAAGCAACGUGCAAUAUGUCUCUCGAAGCGAACACUGGAAUGAAUUCCUUGAUGUCUUCUCAAUGCUUUGGGACGGCGAUCGAAGAAUGACACUGAAUCAGUUGAAGUCAACAAUGGAGGAAGUAUACGGGUUUUGGGCGACUAUCGAUCAACAUAAGAAGAAGUUCAAAGAAUGGUACAAAAAAGGGGUCCUGAAGCCAAAGUACCGGAAGCGGCGUAAUUCACAGGACAUUAAAAUGAUCGAGCAGGAGUACCCUCUCACGCCUGCAUCCACCCCCGAUACCGUGGCGUCGCCCUUUACAGAAGAAGAGAGCGCGAUACCUUCCGCACUUGCUCCCAUUCGCCCGGUUGCGCACUCUACUACUCAAAGUAGCCGCCCCGGAGACGCAUCUAGACUACCGCCGCCACGAUCCCUUAGCACACCACACCAGAACUAAUUCUAUUGCCUGCUUGGUAGUCUUUGGGAUGCAUAUUUUAAUUCCAUAUAUGGCCAUGCAGAUGAGAUUGAGGUGGGGCAUGCUGUUCGUAGUAUGAUUGAGUUCAUAUUCGAAGUAGCUUC